CUCAUUGACUUGUAGUGCAACCUUUCACCACCUUACUCUGCCCCUUAUUAGAUAGGAAGAGAGUUAAGGGAGAGUGCAAGGGAUGUUUCCUUCCACCAGCAGUGGAGUGAUGAACAGAGGGUCUUACACAUGAGCUUCAACCUCCAAAGCUCACAUCCUCCACUGAGCUUCUCUCCCUAUGGGCUACCAAGCUCUCUCAGCAAGACUUCCACUGUUGGAGUAGGAGGAGGAGGAGGAGGAGGAGAAGCUGCUGACUGCCACUUGAGAAGAACCACCCCAUCCUUGCCUCCGAAGCAUGGAGAUGUUGGCUCAUCAGGUCAUCUUGGCGGAUCACCAGCACAAAGAUCAAGAACUGAACCAUGGCCGUGCGACGCAGACGGAGAGUCGAACGGCAAGGGUUCAUCGAGAGUGAAGGGUCCUACUGCAAUCAAUAAUACCAUCAACAGCCUUUCGGUUGGUGGUGCGAGGAUGAAGAAAGUUAAGGCGAAGAGGAAGGUGAGGGAACCCAGGUUUUGCUUCAAGACGAUGAGCGAGGUAGAUGUGUUAGAUGAUGGCUACAAGUGGAGGAAGUAUGGCCAGAAGGUCGUGAAGAACACCCAACAUCCAAGGAGCUACUACCGAUGCACACAGGAGAAUUGCCGGGUCAAGAAACGGAUCGAGCGGCUGCCGGAGGAUCCACGGAUGGUGAUCACGACGUACGAGGGCAGACAUGUGCAUUCUCCAUCGCAUGACGAGUCGUCGUCGUCCCAAGUUUCGUCCAAGGUCACUGUCUUCUGGUAGUCGUCGUCUCGAGCUGUGCAUUGUGUGCAUACUAGUUUUACGAGUUCUUUCAGUGCAGUAAUGUGUCAGCAUGUGUUCUCAGAACCUGUGUUCUUUCUCUGUGAUCCCAAAACUAUCUGCAAUCCUAUGCUGCCAUGUUAAUGGUUUUAGAGAAAAGAAGAAGUUUAUAGAA